UGAGCAAAGACCAAGCCCGUCGCGGAGCUGUGCGCUCUGCUUGUCUACGAGCUGUAUGGCGAGCUCCCCUCGGUACGUGUGCUCGCUCGCCUAGAUGAGCGCUUCAGUCGCCAUGACUUGCGCCCGACUAACCCGAGGCCGAUAUGUAGAGAAUCUUUGCCGCCUUGCUCAGCAAAGGAAGAUCGACAUUACCGCAGCUCGUGCAGCACACCUCCAUGACGCCGCGCCAGCUCCGCCACGGUCUCGCCGUUCUCCAGCAGCACAACCUGCUGUUCUACCAUCUCGACCCCGGCGCCGAAUUCGCCACCUAUGAGGCGAAUGCUGAGCAUGCCUACAAUUUAGUUCGAACUGGCAAGAUUCUCGAGAUGAUUGACACCUCUUUCGGCCCUGCGGCCAAGGAUGUCAUGCAGAGCCUGCUUCUUGCGGGCCAGACGAGGAUCUCGGACCUGGUUGCCGCCUACCAGUCCAAGAUUGAGCAAGAAAACCAGGCGGCCGCUCUCAACGGCGCAAACGACGACCUCGCGCCCGAGGCGAACGGAGUCCACGGGGAUCAUCAGCCGCCCAAGAAGGCGGGUCCGUUGGUGAAGAGCGCUGCCCACCUGAACUCGAUCAUCUGCCGGCUUGUCGAGGCCGAAUUGAUCGAUGUCGUCCACGCGAAGACUUUCGAGAGCCCCUCCGACGUCCUAAAGAUCGUCGAGAAAGAGGUUAUGGACAAGCACUUCCCGUCCGGGGUCAAAGGGAACAAGGCAAAGAUCGAGCUACAGGAGAGGAUCGCCCAGGGCCUUCGCAAAGUUCGUGCCGAGUCCAAGUCGCUCAAGCGCAAGCUGGAGCAAAAUGGCUCGGCAGCGAAGAGACGGAGGCUAUUAACGGGGAUCGGCAUGACGAAUGGCGCGAACGGCUUCCACGACGAAGAUAUGGACCCUGCUUUGGAUCCGAAACAAGUCAUCCGGAUUAACUACGAGAAGUGCAUCGUCGAUUUGCGCAAUCGCCGCCUGGUCCAGUUCGUGACUGACAUGCUGGGAGAGACGACAGCAUACGUGUACGGUGUGCUUCUUAAGCUGCUCACUAAAGAUAUUUCCCGUUCCCGCCCGGACCCCGUAAUGGACGCUGGUGAAGACGAGGAAGAAGCCGACGCGAAAGGACCGGGGUUUGUCACAACUGAGCAAAUUCUCGACAACCUCAAGACAUCUAUCGACCUUUCUCUGGGAAUCGGCAAAGCAGAUAAGCGACAAAUCUCUUUGAGAGCUGCCGAGAAGAUCGAGCAGUUCGCCCCGAAAAGCAAAGCGUUGGUUGAGGAAGCGGCGGUCGAUGGCGAAGCUAGCGAGGACGAGGACGAAGACGAAGACGACUCCGAGGAGGAGUCCGACUACGACGCCGAUUACAAACCUCCGGCUGCGAACGGAACGAAUGGCGUGAAGGGCGUAAACGGCGUCAACGGCGCUGCCGUCAAGUUUGACGAGUCGGCGACCCUAAAGGAGCGGCGGCUGGACCGACCUACCCAACUCCGACAGCACCUUCUCCUCCUUUCCGAGAGCAGGCAGCGCUUCGUCCGGCAUUGCGGGCCGGACGAAUGGACAGUCGACUUCAUCCCUCUGAUGAAGGCGCUGAGGGAGGCCGAGCUCGACUCGGUAAUUGAGCAGACCUCGGGCCGGCAGGGUCUCCGCCUCGUGCGCAUCCUCCGCGCGAAGGGCAAGCUCGACGAGAAGGCGCUGCCCAACGUGGCGCUCAUGCGCAAGCCGGAGCUGCAGCAGAAGAUGCUGGAGCUCCAGACGGCGGGCUUCGUCGACGUGCAGGAAGUCCCGCGCGACGUCAAGGCGGACGUUAAGAAAUCGUUCUUCCUGUGGUUCUGCGAUGUCGACCGCUCGCUGGAGCGGCUGCUCGACACCAGCUACAAGACGAUGGUGCACUGCAUCCAGGUGCUGGAAGCGCUGCGCGAAAAGGAGAGAGAUGUGCUCGAGACGACCAAGCGCACCGACGUCAGGGGGCGGGAGAAGGACACGAUGCGCAAGGAGUACUACGAGCGGUAUGCACGGUUCCUCGAAUGCGAGAGGAAGCUCUUCGCGCAGGUCUCCAGGGUGGAUGAUCUCGUCGCGGUGCUGCGGGAUUUCUAGAGCGGCCCUGC